CACUUUACCUGAAUACAGCCCAAGAUUCAUCAAUGUCCCAACUAUAAUUGUUUUGGUUGGUUUGCCGGCAAGAGGAAAGACCUAUAUGGCCAAAAAACUGGGACGCUAUCUUAACUGGAUAAGCAUUCAAACGAAAGUAUUUAAUGUUGGUGAAUAUAGACGGAAAGUUGUUGGGACAGACAAACUGCAUGAUUUCUUUAGAGUUGAUAAUGAGCAAGCCCAAGCCAUAAGAAGGCAGUGUGCAUUAACCUGUUUGGAAGAUGUCAGCAAAUGGUUGUCAGAAGGAGGACAAGCUGCAAUCUUUGAUGCUACCAACAGCACAAGAGAAAGGAGAGGACUUGUCCUGGAGUUUUGUCUGAGAAGAGGAUAUAAAGUAUUUUUUAUGGAGUCUGUUUGUACAAGUUCUGAAAUAGUGUCAUCCAAUGUCAAGGAAGUCAAAGUAUUUAGUCCUGAUUACAAAGAAGUGGACAAAGAAACAGCAUAUCAGGAUUUUGUAGAAAGAAUAAGACAUUAUGAAGAGGCUUAUGAGCCAUUAACCUUGGACUAUGAUGGUGACAGUUCAUUUAUAAAAAUCAUCAAUGCAGGAGAACAAUACUUGGUCAACAACAUUGAUGGAUAUCUCCAAAGCAAAGCAGUGUACUUCUUGAUGAAUUUACACAUAAGAAAACGAUCUAUUUACCUUGUCAGGCAUGGUGGAAGUGAAGAUAAUUUGAAGAAAACAAUUGGAGGUGAUUCUCCUUUGACUGCAGAAGGUGACAAGUUUGCCAAGGCACUUGCAGACUUUAUAGACAAACAAAAUGUAGAUGAUUUGCAGGUGUGGACGAGUCAGCUGAGACGUGCAGUUGAUACUGGAAAAUACAUCAGGAAAAUCCCAGUAGAGCAAUGGAAAGCACUGGAUGAGAUGGACUAUGGUUUAUAUGAUGGUAUGAAUGAAGAAGAGUUAUCAUCCAUAGACCCUGAUGAACAGGCAGCGAUGCAUGCUAACAAGUUUCUCUACAGAUAUCCAAUGGGAGAGUCUUACAGUGAUAUGUGUGCAAGACUAGAGCCUGUCAUCAUGGAAUUAGAAAGAUCAAAUAAUAUCUUAAUCAUAUCACAUGAGGCAGUAAUCCAGAUACUCAUGGGAUACUUUACUGACCACACCUCAGAAGAAUUCCCACAUCUGCACAUCCCGCAUAACACAAUAUUCAAGCUUACGCCAAUAGCUUAUGGAUGCAGAGUGGAGACAUUCACGUUAUCACAAACAGCAAACAGCUGAACUUAGAUUACAAUCGAUUGCGAUGAUAACGGAUAUGAUAUCCAGGAAGGCAGUAAUGGUGAGGCAUGAUAUUAAUGAUGAUGAUGAUAUAGUAGUGUCCUUUCGCCGGUCCUUUCCCCGGUGGAUCUUGGACAAUGAAAAACUAACCAAUGACUGCUGGCAACGAUACUGUACUAGAUGAGGAUGGUGGCGGUAUCUUAUUAUAAAGACAUUUUUGUUUCACAAGGUGGCCAGCUGGAAUGUACCUAUCUACCUUGGGCGUAAUGCUUCCCCAUGUUAGAUUACGUGCAAUUUUCUUGAGAAUAAGACCCUUUGUUCUAGUCGUAUCCAUAUUCAUGUGUUUUCUCAUUCACAACUGUUAAACAAAGAAAUGACACUCUAGAGAAUGACACCUGGUCUAAAAUGGGAAAAUAUUACGCCCAAGAUAAAGAGGUUUAUUGAAGCUGAGGGAAACGUAUGAAGCAACUAUUUUCUACAAACGACAUUCUCAUUUUUCUAUGUAACACUGUGAAACUACUGUACUUUUUCAAACUGCAUUCUCUUAUCUGACAUAGAAAUGCCGGGUUGUACAAAGGGUGGAUAGCGCUAUCCGAUGGAUGAAUCGUUAUCCAGUGGAUAAAUCGAUGCUGGUAUCCAAUUAUAAUUAUCCACUGGAUAAGAUUUAUCCGUCGGAUAGCGCUUUCGCAUUUAUAGGGUAAAGAUUUUAUAAGAGCUUUUAAUCUUUUUAGAGCUGCUGUAAAAACGGUUAACUGGUUAUGGGUAUUGUACGGUCACGAAAAAAGAUGAAAACCAUGAAUGUCAAUAUAAAAAAAUGUAAAAACACAUGAGAAUAUAAUGUAAUUGUGUAUAAAAAUAUUUAUAAUAUGAUUCAAAAUAUGUAAAAAUAUUGAAAUAAUUGUUAUCGCUUUGUUAAACGAAAUUUUAUUAAAGUUGGCCCAUUAUUUUCAA